AUGUUCAAGCUUGGAUUCUUUAGUCCUGUGAAUUCUACAAAUCGUUAUGUUGGUAUUUUGUACAACAUCCCUAUGAUGACUGUGGUAUGGGUUGCUAAUAGAGAGAAGCCCCUGAAUGAUUCUUCUGGGAUUGUGAUGAUAUCUGAGGAUGGUAAUCUCUUGAUCUUGAACGGACAGAAAGAGAUCAUUUGGUCAUCAAAUGUCUCAACUCCUUUGGCAAAUUCAAGUGCUCAGCUUUUGGAUACUGGGAACCUUGUCCUGCGAGACAACUCCAGUGGAAGGAUCUUAUGGGAGAGUUUUCAACUUCCUUCCGACUCAUUCUUACAGAAGAUGAGGCUUAGUACUGAUGUAAAUACAGAUGAGAGGAUUCUGUUAACAUCAUGGAAAAGUCCUUCAAACCCAUCGAUUGGACACUUCUCUCUUGGACUUGAUCCACUAAACAUCCCACAGAUUUAUGUAUGGAAUGGUAGUCAUCCAUACAUGCGUAGUGGUCCUUGGGAUGGUCAGGUUUUUAUUGGAAUGCAAAAAAUGCCUUCUGAAUAUCUCAAUGGAUUUAAUCUUGUAGACAACAAAGAAGGAACUUUUUAUGUAACUUUUACCUAUGCAAAUGAGUCCAUUCCAAAAUACAUCAGCUUGAAUUCUGACGGAUCUGUAUUGCAGAAGACUUGGUCUGAUGGGAAGGAAGAUUGGGAAGUGAUGUUUGUGGCGCCAGGAAAUGAGUGCAGUAUUUAUGGCAAGUGUGGGCCAUUUGGAAGCUGUUAUUCACAGGAUUCACCAUUUUGUACCUGUUUAAGAGGAUUUGAGCCAAAGUAUAAAGAGGAAUGGAGUAGAGGAAAUUGGACUAGUGGAUGCAAGAGAAAGACACCGUUGCAAUGUGCGAGAAAUGAUACUGUCAAGGAAGGAGGCAAAGAAGAUGGUUUUUUGAAGCUCGAGAAAAUCAAAGUGCCAGACUUUGUGGAGUGGUCACCUGCUCCAGAAGACAAUUGUGGAAGCUUGUGCUUGAAUAAUUGUUCGUGUCUAGCAUAUUCAUAUCACACUGGCAUUGGGUGUAUGCAAUGGAGUGGAAUUCUAAUCGACAUAGAGAAAUUCCCCAAUGGUUCUGGGGCAGAUCUUUACAUUCGAGUUGCAUAUUCGGAGCUUGAUGAAGAGAAAAACAUGAACGUAGUUAUCGCAAUUACAACAAUCAUAGGGUCAGUAACCCUUGCCAUCUGCACAUACUUUUCUUGGAGGUGGAUAGCCAAGCGAAGAGGAAGGAAGCAAAAACGAGAGCAGGACCAAAUUAAAGUUGAAGAGCUGCCAUUAUAUAGUUUUCAGAGUAUGGCACAUGCAACAAACAACUUCCAUUCUGCCAAUAAACUCGGGCAGGGUGGUUUUGGUCCAGUCCACAAGGUAAUGAUUGUUCAUCCAGAGCAUUAUGCCAUAGUGAAGCAUAUGAAAUUGAUAUGA